AUGCAACUGACCCCGAUCAAAGUCAGAGGCAAGCGUGGCAAAGCCCCUUCGUCCAAAAACUCGACCAAACCACCGCCACGGGAACGGAAGUCACGGCUCUCGACUCGCCUGGGAAUCAAGCGAAAGUCUCUCCUCGAGCGUCAUCUACCCCUCGAAAUCAUCGAGCGCAUCUUUGUCUUCAGUGAGAACCUCAACUUCCCCCGUUGCAGCCCCCUUGUCGGCCGCCUACUCUCCGGGCGAUCCACGCUCGUCAACCUUCUCAUUUCGUCGUUUCAUCCUACGUGGGACUGUUGGUUCGGUGUCGAUAGACGGACGGUCAAAAUAGUUCCGAAGCACGGCGCCACACAAGACCCGAGAACUGUUUGGCGGCAUGAGAACUUCCCCGAAUUCUUCCCCGGAGACCCAGAGUUACAGUCCUCUGUGCUAGCGACCCCCUGGGUAAAUGUCGACAUCAUUCUUGACGCCCUGCAGGUCUGGGCCUGGCGCUUCGCGCGCGACAGAUGGUUCUCACACUCCCACGUUGGCCCGAAAGACGAGGAGGCGGACCAGAACCACGGCCCAUUACACUUGUCUCACGAUCGACUCGGCGGGUUCGGCCAUUUUGAUUCUAGGGGCUGCUUUGACUAUGACUGGCUCGCGUACGGUCUCGGCGGUUCGAAACCCGCGCUCGACUUUUACGUCGAUGUACACCCCAAAACAAGCAUCCCCGAUAACCUCAUUGCUGGGCCCUGGACACCCGAGCAGCAGAAACUCCUCUUUUGGCUUCGUAGAGGCGGAGCAAGGAUACAGGCUGAGCACCAGACCUGGGAGACUCUUCUGGUUGGCCUCCAGAACGCCGUCACGCAUCGAAACCCUGGGAACCUGGACGGGCGUCUGAUCCACAUGCUCCUCCUGCUGGACGACUUCUUCCCUUCGCAACGGCUCGAGGAGAACCACUCUCUCUGGCCGCUGGAGGUUUUGGAGAAGGAGCAUGCCAAAGUGGUCAGGCUACUUGAAGCUCGAAGACGCAGCAAGGCCGGCCCCCUGCCCGAGCUCGUUCAACUUGAGAAGCGCAUGAUUGACUACCACCGUCGCGAGGUCGACCUUCUCACGUCGAGAUGA